AGAGAUAGAGGCAGUUUGAGGACUGCAAAGGCGGAAGACAGAAGAAAAAAAACAAAGCCAGAGAGAGAGAGAGAGAGAGAGAGCGCUUGUUCUGAUCUUGUAAUAAUUUUGAAGAAAUGGACAGUUCUGCACUGGCCAGUGAGAUGGAGGAAGAGAAGAGCACGGAUGCCACAGGAGAACCCCAUGAGGAAGACAGACAUGGUGGACAGGACACAGAGCCUUCGAGUGGAGCCAGUGACGCCGCAGGAAGGACUAACGAGGAGCACGGAGAAGAAGAGCCAAAUCCACAAGCCACCAAACGAGAAAGUGACGCUGAGGGUGAGGGUGAGGGUGAGAGGAACGGAAACACGGAUGGAGAGAAAGAGAUUGAAACACAAGAAGAAAAGAAAGAGAGUGAUGAAAAGGGAAAAGGGAUCAACACAAACGAAACAGGAAACGACGAAGAACUCAAGGAGAAUAAAGAGAGUGCUGGUGAGCAGGGAAAAGGGAGCAGCGCAGCUGAAAUUAAACCUGAUGAAAAGUGUGUAAAAGAAGAGAAAACAGAAGAGAAAGAGAAGAUCGCUGAGUCUGAAACCCUGGCUCCAAAGGCAGCGGAGAUGGAAAUAAAGGCCAAAGGUGAAGCGAAGGCUGAGGUAAAGAAAGCAAGCACCAGAGAUAAACAAGAGAAGUCUAAAGGAAAGAGCACACCUUCUUCCUCUGUUCCAAGACCUUCCAUGCAGAUGUCUUCUCGUCAGAGGAGCGCCAGGCCAUCAGCCAGAAGAGAAGCCAUGGCAAAGUUCCAACAAGAACCGACUCCAGGGGUUCGCAACUUUAAGGUUCAGAAGACAUCCGUAGGCGUGUCUGUUGGGACGUCAAUCAAACAGAAAAUCCUCCACUGGUGUAGCAGCAAAACACGGGGCUACGAGGGUGUUUCCAUAGAGAACUUUUCCUCGUCCUGGGGUGACGGCCUGGCCUUCUGUGCACUUCUUCACCGCUUCUUCCCCUCCGCAUUUGACUUCUCGUCCCUCAAAGCCAGCGAGCGAGAGAAGAACUUCACCCUGGCCUUCAGCACGGCAGAAUCACUAGCUGGCUGCUGCCCUCUCCUGGAUGUAUCAGAUAUGGUGCUAAUGGGGAACAAACCAGACCCUUUCAGUGUAUUCACCUACGUUCAGUCCCUCUGCCAGCACCUCUCCAAAAUUGAGCAAGAGAGGAGGGAGCAAAAGAAGGCAGAGGAAAGCAAGAAUCAGGGUGAGGCUGGAAACAAGGUCGAACGAGGAGAGGAAGCAGAGGACGCGGACGAACAGAAGACAGGAGAAGAACAAGAGAACGCUGCUGAGGAAGAAGAAAGAGAAGGAGAGGGGACUGCAGAUGAAGAGACAGGUGGCACUGAAGAAGAAAGCAGCGUGCAGGUGGAGACGGAUCAAAUCUAGCAGCCCAGGUUUAAAUAAUAUUAAAUAAAACAUUUUAGAAACACACUCCACCUAUAAGAUAUUUCUCACAGUAUGAAUCAUUUUCUGGUGAAUAUGUUUUGCAAAGAUUGUUGACUGUGUUAUUCUGGCAUUUAAUGAUAUAUCUAUUUUUUUUAUAUAUAUAUAUAUGCAAAUAAAAACUCAUAUUCUAAUACA